GUUUAUAUAGGUCUUCUUGUACCUUGAUUAAUGCUAUAAAACUUUUCUGUCUUCUUAUAUGAUUCUCUUUUCGCUUUUCUCGACAGCCUUCUCGCGCCCAAGUACGAGUAAACAACACUCCCCUUAGUCUUACAUUAGGUCAACAUAAUUAAUCUCAGUCGACCGCGUCUCAGCCUUUUCUCCAUGACGUUCAGAUUUUCGGAGGUAGUCGAGUUAUUCGCAAAAAGGAGAAGCCCCAUUAUUUCUUUGUCUCCGCAAGCUAUCCUAUCUCACAUGUCUCGUAAAUCCCGAUGUCUAGAAUUAAGCCAUGACCAUCGAGCCAUGACCUCACCAUGAAAUCCCGAUUUCAGCUCAGACAUAUAAGAUAUCCUCAUUCCAAAGCAUGAACACGUCAAUUAACAUUUUCCAUCAUUUUCCAUCAUUUUCGCGAUUAAAGAUAUUAAUUAUCUUCAAAAGUAUCCUCAAAAUGUCCGCUGUUCCAGACCAAUACGAAGGCUUCACUGUCUCCUCUACGAAGGAAUGGAGUAACUUCUCUAGAACAAAAGUGAUCAAUUCUUUUCCGUUUCAAGAGUUUCUUUCUGAUUCAUAAUUAUAGAUUACACCUAAGAACUUUGAGGAUCACGAUGUUGAUAUUGAGAAUGAGUGCUGCGGUGUAUGCGGCUCAGAUGUUCAUACCAUUACCGGUGGAUGGGGCGAGUUAGGCACAACUCCUCUCUGUGUUGGCCACGAGAUCAUUGGGAAGGUCAUUCGUGUAGGAAAGGCAGUCAAAGAGUUCCAAGUUGGAGACCGUGUUGGUGUUGGAGCCCAGGUUCAAUCAUGUAUGCAAUGUAAGAAUUGCAAGUCGAACAAUGAGAAUUAUUGUCCCAAGAUGGUUGGUAAGUUGAUUCCCAACCCAAAAUGUCGAGGGAAGAGAAAGGGAAGGAAGCUAAUGAAUAUAGAUACCUACAAUGCUCCAUACAACGAGGACGAAGGCCGCUCGGACAAACUCAUGAAAGAUUCAAAGGGAAACCAAAUCUUCUCCCAAGGAGGCUACUCAUCACACACCCGCGCACACCAACAAUUCGUCUUCGCCAUCCCAAAGAACAUUCCCUCCCACGAGGCCGCUCCAAUGAUGUGCGCCGGUCUCACCACCUACUCCCCCCUCCGACGCGCCAACGUCGGACCUGGCAAAACCGUCGGAAUCCUCGGAAUCGGAGGACUGGGCCAUUUCGGUAUCCUAUGGGCCAAAGCCAUGGGCGCAGAAGUCUACGCGCUCUCUCACACCCCCUCGAAAAAAUCCGAAGCCAAAGAACUGGGUGCAGAUAAAUUCAUCUGCACCGAGAAUGAGAACUGGGCUGAUGACCUAGCUUUCACGUUCGAUUUCAUCCUCAAUGCGGCGGAUAUGACGCAUAAGUUUGAUUUGACAAAGUACCUUGGGACGUUGAAGGUUCAGGGGGAGUUUCAUAAUGUUGGGUUGCCGGAUGAGCCCCUACCUGGGAUUAUGGCGCAGACUUUUGCGCCGAAUGGGUGUAAACUUACCGGAAGUCAUAUUGGGAGUAAGAAGGAGAUGUUGGAGAUGUUGGAUUUGGCGAGUAGGAAGAAUAUCCAUCCUAUGAUUGAGACUAUCAAGAUUAGUGAGAAGGGUUGUAAGGAGGCGGUGGAGAGGGUGAAGGUUAAUGAUGUUAGGUAUAGACUUACUUUGGUUGGGCAUAGGGAAGUGUUUGGUACUGGAAAGUAG